AAUCAAACACACCUGAACAAGCUAAUCAAUGUCUUCAGGAUCAUUAGGGCUACAGGCAGAUGAGGGUUUUUCAGGGUUGGAGCUAAACUCUGCAGGACAUCGGCACUUCAAUCCCUGUUCUAAAGAUGACAAUAUUGAGAGGAGCAUUACAGGCAACACCUCUUUCUGUAGCUUAGUGGGUAGUAUCUAAGAUACAUGUUGUUGGCAAAAAGUAAUUUUUAACUUGUAUUGGUGUCGUUUUUCUUUAGACCUGAUGCUGCUGAAAGAAAAAAGUGAAGAACUAAAGCAUAUAAUGGAAGACAAAGAACAAAUGUAUAGUUGCUCACGGAAUAAAAAGUUGUCUUCACAACAAAGAGCUCAGAAGACAGGAGCUAGAAGUAAUUUCACCUGCCAACAAUGUGGAAAGAGUUUCGCUAAAAAAGAAAACCUUAAAGUCCACAUGAGGAUUCACACCGGAGAGAAGCCGUACACCUGCCAACAAUGUGGAAGAAGUUUCAUUAAAAAAGGAACCCUUAACAGGCACAUGAGGAUUCACACUGGAGAGAAACCUUACACAUGCCAACAAUGCGGAAUAAGUUUUACUCAACUAGUAGUCCUUACCAGGCACCUUAGAGUUCACACCGGAGAGAAACCUUUCACCUGCAAACUGUGUGGAAAUAGUUUUGUUCGAAAAGGAAGCCUCAAAAGCCACAUGAGAAUUCAUACCGGAGAGAAGCCUUACUCAUGCCCGCAGUGUGGAAGGGGUUUUACACAUAAACAAACUCUUAAUGCCCACCUGAGAAUUCACACUGGGGAGAAGCCUCACACCUGUCAACACUGUGGAAAGAGUUUCUGUCAACAAGGAAACCUCACUGUCCAUAUGAGAAUUCAUAUAGAAGAGGGCUAUUUCAUCUGCCACCAUUGUGGUGAAAAAUUCAAUAAAAAGAGAAACCUUGAAGUCCACAUGAGAAUUCACGGAGGAGAAAAGCCGUUCAUAUGCCCUUAGUGUGGUAAGGGUUUCGAUCGACGAGGAAACCUUACAGACCACAUCAGAAUUCACAUCGGAGAGAGGCCUUUCACCUACCAAUGGUGUGAAGAGUUUCUCUCAACAAGGAAACUUCAAAAUCCACGAGAAUUCACACUGGAGAGAAGCCUUUCACCUGCCAAAAGUUUGGAUGUGGUUUCAAGUCACAUGAAGCAUCACACUGAAAAGAGGCUGUUCACUUGUCUUAAAGGGAUAGUUUACCCAAAAAUAGUUGACCCUCAAGUUAUUCCAAACCUUGUAUGGGUUUCUUUCUUUGAUUUAUUCUUUGUGAGACAUACACAGGCACACCUAUACACCUAUACCAUUUUCAUAUGAUAUUGUUUUUUUUUAUUUUUAUAUAUAUACUGUAUUUGCUGUAUUGCAUUUGUAUCUGUUGCACAGCACUUUGGCGCAACUCUGUUGCUUUUAAACGUGCUAUAGAAAUAAACUUUGACUUGACUUGACUUGACCUAUGGGAUCAUUUUGCGGUCACGGAUAAAAAAAAAAAUAAGCAUGAAACCAAAAUUUUAAAGAACACAAGUAAAAUGUAUUGCACAAAAUUUAAAAAUGAAAACAGAUUUUUUUCAGAAUAGCAAACAAUGGUCACGGAUCGAAAGAUAAUAAGCGUAAAUCAAAAAUGUAAUAAAGCAUUUAAAAAAAUAAGCAUAAACCAAAACUUUAAACACAUUUAAAAUCAUAUUGCACAAAACUGAAAUAUUAAUGCAAAAUGAUCCAACUUGCAUACAAAAUCAUGUUUUCCUUGGUUAUAUUUCUGUUUUUUUUUCUGCUCAUAUUUUUAUUUUUUGUAUGCUUAUGUCGUUUUUCCUUUCACUCUUAUUUCCACAUUUAGAGUUUCAUGUAAAUCAGGCUUCAUCAUUGGUCCACUAGUUCUUGAUUGACAGCUCCUCCUCAGCCAAUCAGUUGAAGAGGGGCGGUGGUGUCACUCCAGUGUACCUCAUUAGCUGCCGAUGC